GUCUAGGGCCACGUCACUUUUCCCCCAUUCUCUCCCUCCUCAGUCCAGUUCUCCUCCCAAACAGAGCAAGAGCAGACAAAUAGGGCGGCUGGAAAACACCCAAGAAGAAGAAGAAGAAGGCAAUGGCGGAAGCGAACUCGUACGAGGAGCAGCGCCGGCGGCAGAUUGAGGAGAACCGCCGGAAGCUGGACGAGCUGCGCCUGCACCACCUCUCCGCCGCCGUCCGCGAGGCCGCCGCCAGGCCCAAGCCCAACCCCAAGCCCAGGCCGAAGCGCAAGGCCCCGGAGCCCGGCGAGCUCCGGCGGUCCGGCCGCGUCGCCGGCCUCCCGGAACAGCCCAAAUACGUCGAGGGCGCAGAGCAGCGCGGCUACCGUGGAGUGUACGAGGCAUACGCUGUUUGGAAAGGACCGACCGACGAGGAGAGGGCCGGCGCCAUCGCCAAGGCCGAGGAGCUCCAGCGCCGGAUCCACCGCAUCCGCUGGCCCGCCUUCGUCAAGCCCAUGACCCACAACUGCGCCAGCAAGGCAGCCGAGAUGAAAAUCCCCAAGCACUUCAGUGAGUAUCUCCCGGCGCACGAUGAGGGAGUCGUCUUGGUGGACGAGGCGGAUGACGAGUUCCACAUGAUGUACAAUGCCCACAGACAGGGCAGACACUACUAUUUCCACAAGGGGUGGAGAGGAUUUGCCGCCCACCAUGACCUUGCCGUUGGCGAUUGCUUGGUUUUCCACAUGACAGAGAGGGCAAAGUUCAAGGUCUACAUUUUCAGAGCAAACCCAGACUAUGAAAGCGACCAAACUUCAGAUGACUCUGAGGAUGAAGAGUAAUGAAGAUGUGUGUUUCGAAUACAAUGUUCGAUCGGAGCAGUUUGUAGGAGAACCACGCUCUCCGCUGAUGUUGCAGUCGGCUACCGCGAUUUCGUGCUGGUUGCGUGUAGAGUCGCAUACUCGGGCCUAGUGUAGCAUACCUGCAUUAUAACAUAGGUUAGAUGGGGGUAGCAGGUAACAGCGCGUGGUGCGGACCUUGUAUUGGUUGAAUUAAAUGAUUGUAGUCUGACGAUGAUCUCGAGUGCAUUUUUGCAUGGCUGUUCCUGUUUGUUUUCGGCUACUAAAAUGAUCAUCCUCUUGAUCUUGAGUUCUUGGACUGACCCCCUGGAUAAUGAUCAUCCUCUUGAUCUUGAGUUCU